GUUCCCUGAGCCUUCUCUUUCAAGGUCACUUGAAAUUUGAUUUGUAUGUGUCUCAUAGACACUUUUAAAUAUGUGCCUGCUGCCUCUCCCAUUACAGUGAAAUCUUGGGGACAGAAACUAUUUCAUUUUGGUUUUUAUAUACCCAAUUCGUGGUACAGUGCCAUAGUGCUUAAUAAGUGCUUUCUGAUUGAUUCAUUUCAGACAGUCUAUGUUCUUUUUCCUGCUCUAACAUUCUAUGAUUUCAUUCAUAUCUUCUGACACUUUGGCAGCCAAUUCCAGACUCCCUUUUCUGUUUUAUCUGUGGUGCAACCCCCUCACUCCCCUCUAACCUGUCCCCAAAAGUUGAUAGCAGUUAUUUCUGAGAUGGCCUCCAAAGGUCCCCUAGCAAUUUCAAAGAAGAGUCUGAAGAGGAGUUUGACUUUUUGAAGAUAUGUGACAUAUGGAUGACUCAUGGGGUCAGGAGGUAACAUAUGUUUUGUCCCCUAUCCACACCCCAGACCUAGAUACAAUCUUAUGUUCCUAUCACCUAUAUGGUUGGUACCUCACAACUGCCCCUUGAGUGUGGAACACCAACAUUGAAUCUGCAGGGCUCUACCAGUUCCCCACUUUCCCACCUCCAUCUUCAGAGUCUGUCAGCAAGAGUCCAUAGCAGUCCACAAUAACCAAUUUGUGAGCAUCCUGCAGCUGUCCCUUGGAUGUCGACCACCAACAUGGAUUCAGCAGGGGAAAGCUCUCCCAAUUCACUACCUUCCCCUCCUCCAUCUCGAGAGAUUGUCAGCAACAGCUGGGUCUGGCACAGCCCCCAGGCAUGGCACUAAGCCAAAAUAGGCCCACACUGGGGGAGCAUCAGCUGGGAGGAAGUCAGGCAGGCAGGCAGGCAGAGGCUUUCUGCUGACUGUGAGACUGCUACAGAACUCUGGGAACUGCUAUCUCCCUCACCCAGCAGCUCAAGACUACUCUUGGAACUUUUCUAUAGGGAAACCACCUCUCUCUAUUAUAAACCUCAGAAAGGUGUCUUGAGGAUGGUGUCUUGAGCUGUGAGUAGGAAUUUGGAGAGGGGGAGCAUUGAACCUAUCCUCCAAUCAGAGAGAGAUAUGGGUGACAGUUCAAGGAGAAGUUUCUACCUACCAAAACUGAAAAGGAAAUGGGUGUUCCUCCAAUAUCUACCAACUUAGGGUACGAUCUAAGAUGUCUGGUGCUGAGGAAUGGUAGUAGAGAGUGUUAUCAGCAAUUCUAACCCCUAACUCUAGGGGAUACAGCAAUUGUCCUGCCUUUCCUCCUGCGGGCAGUGUGAGAUCCCUGAAAGUCAGGGAAAGACUCAGUUUUCUCAGUCUAGUUGGACUAGAUCUAGGCAACUUAACUUGGAGUUCAUGAACCACCAACAGAUUGUGAAUAGAUUUCAAAGGCUCUGGGUUUGUUUUAUAUUUUGGAAAUUGCAUUUCCCUUGCAAUCUUAUUGUUUUAAAAUGUAUUCUAAAACAUUCUGAAAAGUGGUCUAUAGGCAUCACCAGACUGUUAAUGGGUGGUCCAUGAUCCAAAAAAUUUAAGAAUACCUGGACUAGUUGACAUAAUGGAUACUGGGAAUGGGAAAAGUUCUAGACUUGGAGCUAGGGGAUCUGGUUCAAAUCCCUCCUCAAACGUUUACUGGUUGUAUGACCAUGGGGAAUUCACUACUUCAGUUUCCUCAUUUAUAAAAUGUAGAUAACAAUACUUGUACUAUCUACCAGAGUUGUUUUAGGAAAAUACUUUGUAAACCUCACUGCUACAAAAAUUUAAACGAAUUUAGAGUCCUUACAAUUCGAAUGUAUUCUAAAGUUAUUUUGGGAAAGAGGAUUAGUGAUUUGUGAUUUUAAUUGUAUAAGGAGUUGUUAGUGAGAAAACUCUCUUCACCAUUGGAAACCAGCACCUAGUAUUAGAGAAUUCUAAAGUUAUAGGAUGAUAAAUUUAAAGCAAGAAGAAACCUUAGGGAUCAUUUAAUUUAAUCCCUUCAUUUUACAGAAGAGAAAACUGACUCAGGGAGAUGAAAUUAUUUGACCAAGGUCAUACUGAGAGAAGAGCCAGGAUUUAAACACAGGUCCCACCAUUACAAAUGCAAUUCUCUUUCAACUACACUGGAUGGUUCUGUCACAACUGUGAUCUCUUUUCUCUUUUGUAAGAUCCCUUCCAGUUCUCACAUUUUAUGUUCUAUUUUCUAAGGUUUCCUCCAGCGCUAACAUUCUAUGACUGUAUUCUUUUCUUUCUUAAGCUUUCCAAUUCUGGCGGUAUUAGGGCCUCGGCCAACGGGAAACCCCUUCAAUUCCCUUCUACUAGUCUCGACCACACCCGACAAGGCCAGGAUAGGAUCAGGCCCCCUGAGGUGAAUGGAGAAGUGGAGUGGAGAGGGGGGACAGAAAAGAUGAAUGAACGUAGUACUAGGGGGGUAAGAGGUUCCGUGAAGAAGAGAUGAAAAAUGAAGGGAUUUGGAGUUCUGCUUGGAACAGGGAAAGGGGCGCGGCAGAGGGAGGGAAGGAGGAACGACCAAGAAUGCAACCCCCUUCCCAACUCCUCCCUGAUCUUUCCCCUCUCCCAUCACGUCCCACCAUCAACUAGAAGAGGGAGCAGAGUGGGACCAGUGAAUAAUUGAAGAGGGGAGGAGAAAGGAGGAAGGGGAGGUAGAAUAAGAAAAGGAAGAGGAAGGAGGAGGAGAGCGUUUUAGGAGGAGAGGAGGAGGAGGAGCGGGAGAGCAGGAGGAGGAAGAGAGGAGCCAUCAGCAAGAACCUCCUCUCAACCACCACCGCCCCCUGCCCCUUCCCCCUCCCCCUCUCUCCCCACGCGGCCGCCCGGAAGUCUCUCCCCGCCUCCUCCUCCGCCAACAUGGCCGCGAAGUCGGAUGGAGGCGCCGCGGCGGCCGGCCCGGGCCCGGAGGGGGCGGCUGGCGGGGCCCGGGCCGGCUCGGGGCCUCCGGGGGUUCUGGGCACUGGGGCUGGGGCUGGGGCGGGGCUGCUCUCGGUGGGGGGACGGCGGCCCCGCUACAGCCUGUGGGACUGUUGCUGGGCGCUGUGCGCGCUGCUAGUCUUCUUCUCCGACGGGGCCACCGACCUGUGGCUGGCGGCUAACUAUUACCUCCAGGGCCGGCGCGUCUGGUUCGGCCUUACGCUGCUUUUCGCGUUGCUGCCCUCCCUCGUGGUGCAGCUGCUCAGCUUCCGAUGGUUUGUGUACGACUACUCAUCUGCCGGAGCUGGCCCAGGUGCAGCCGCGACCGCCUUCAGCACCAAGGACAGCACCAGCGCUAGCGUCAGCGCCAGCGCCGCCUUCAGCACGAAGGACAGCGGUCCCGGCCCCGGUCCCGCGGUGUCCGCCCCUCCCGCUCUCUCUGGCGCCCGGCGGCCCCGCCGCCGCUGCUGCCGCCUCUGCGUCUGGCUCCUGCAGUCACUAGUUCACGUCCUGCAGCUCGGUCAGGUCUGGAGGUACCUCCGGGCCAUGUACCUGGGUCUGCAGAGCCGCUGGCAUGGGGAACAACUGAGGCGCCACUUUUACUGGCGCAUGAUGUUCGAGAGCGCCGACAUCAGUAUGCUGCGCCUACUGGAGGCCUUCCUGAAGAGCGCCCCACAACUUGUGCUACAGCUCAGCAUCAUGGUCCUCCAGGGACACAUCGAGGCCCUGCAGGGUCUCUCCGCCUCGGCCUCCUUGGUGUCUCUGGCCUGGAUCAUUGCUUCUUAUCAGAAGGUGCUCCGGGACUCCCGGGACGACAAGCGCGCCAUGUCCUACAAGGGGGCCGUGGUCCAGAUCCUCUGGCACCUCUUCACCAUUGCCGCACGGGCCCUGGCCUUCGCCCUCUUUGCCAGCGUCUUCCGGCUCUACUUUGGCAUCUUCAUUGUCGCCCACUGGUGCGUCAUGACCUUCUGGGUCAUCCAGGGGGAGACGGACUUCUGCAUGUCCAAGUGGGAGGAGAUCAUCUACAACAUGGUGGUGGGGAUCAUCUACAUCUUCUGCUGGUUCAACGUUAAGGAGGGCCGCAGCCGCUGCCGGAUGUCCAUCUACUACUGCAUUGUCCUGGUGGAGAACGUGGCCCUGACUGGCUUCUGGUACUACAACCACAACUUCCCCACCGACUUCAGCGCCUUAAUCAUGGUGUGUGUGGUGGCCGCCAGCUAUGCCCUGGGCAUCUUUUUCAUGCUUGUCUAUUAUUGCCUCCUGCACCCCAACGGGCCCAUGUUUGGUCCCCAGGCUCCCGGGGGCAUCUUUCCAAGACCAUGGGCCUGGCCCUUGGCCCCCCCUCCGUGCAGUUCCAGUCCAUCUCCUUCCCCAGGUGGAAACGGGAUGGGGUUCCUGGGCCGGACGUGGGGUGCCAGCUGUUUCAAUCCCCCAAACCCCAGCCCACCAGUGGCCCGCACUCCCCGGACAGAGGGGCCUGUGAUUCGAAUAGACCUGCCCCGAAAAAAGUAUCCGGCAUGGGAUGCCCACUUUAUAGACCGCCGGCUCCGUAAGACCAUUCUGGCACUUGAGUAUUCAUCCCCAGCUACCCCCCGCUUGCAAUACCGAAGCAUGGGGGCCUCCCGGGAGCUACUGGAGUAUGAGACCACAGUAUAGGCUGCUCCACAACCGUCAGGGUUGGGGGAUAAGGGGUAUGGCGGCUCCACUCCCCUAAACCAGUCAGUGUUGAGCUUAGGGUUUCAAGGGCCGUUGGUCUAAGGGUGACAGGGAGGGGAACAUGACGACCCCAGUCAAUGGAAAUCCUCUUCCCCUCUCCUUUGCAAUUUUUUGGGUGAGUUCAUUGGCACUAAUGCACUGUCCCC